AUCAGAGCGUCUUCACUUAUAGGUGUGCUGGAUAACAGUGUAUGUGUAUCAACAGUGGGCUGCAUUGACAAUGAGCAUUUAUGCUCUGCUGUUCCUGAUGGAGGUGUGUCUGAGUGGGUCCUCGGAGGCUCUGACGGAGAUGAAAGAUGUUGAGUGCUACUCUAACGUCCGCCUGCCUUGUGAGGCAGGGCGUGUCGGCCCCAAGUUCCGCUCCCUCACCUGGUACAAGGUACCACCUGUCACUUCUACUUCUUUGCAGAACCGGACAGGUAUCCUGAGGCUGAGGGGGGGUGAAACCACACUGUAUAAUUACACCCGCCGGGUUGCCCUCGGACCAGAGGGGCAGUUGAUCCUGCCCCGGGUAACACCCAACGACACUGGCACCUACGAGUGCCUCCUGAGGGCAAAUCUCGGGGGGCACAAUCUCGAGUCGUCCGUCUACCUCUCUGUGAAUGCCUGCAUUGAGCCAGUGACAGAGGCGCCCAUUGGCAAGGACUGGACCGCUGCAAAGAGCCCCCUGCUGGACGUGUUGGAGGUGCCCGCAGGUUGGGCUGCCCUCGCCUUCAUUUCCCUAAGCCUCCUCAAGAUCAUCUUAUGCCUGGUGGUCAUCAAGGUGUUGGCCAAGAUGAGACCUUCCCAGAGCUACCGAGUGGGAAGCAGGAGGUCAAACAAGUCACAAACAUGAAGCCCAACACCAGCAGACAACAGACACACAUGUAGCUGGCUGUGGGCUGCCAUUUUAUAAACUGGAACUACUGUAUAUGCUCCCAACUCUGGCUUAUUUUACAGCAACAACAACAGUAACACUUUGCAUUUUUCCAGUCGCCUAAAAUGCUUUGCAGUGAUAGGGGGGAACGUCACUAACCAGCACCAAUGAGUGGCGGCCACCUAUGAUGCACAGCAGCCAUUACGCACCACAACACUCACCACACACAUGGUUGAGGUGAAGAAUGAGAGUGAAUGAGUGAGCCAAUUACACGGGGGGAUGAUUAAGGAGUCAGAGUGAGCCAAUAGACUUCUGAAGUUCGCCUACAAAAAAGCUACCAUCUUUGCCCAAAUAAGGAGAUCCGGUGUCUUGACAUUUUUUUUAUGGGAAAAUAACAUGGGGAUUUUCAAUUAUUGCACCUGUUAAACUCUCGUGGGGAUGAUGACAUUGGAAAUACAGACGUUUUUUGCUACACAGUUUUGUCCACUGCCGUCUAGUGGAUUCUGUGAUCUUCGGUAGGUGAAGAUGGCACAUUUUGCUACCCCAGAGCUAACUUACAAUGCAACUUGCCAUAGGCAGUUAGCUUCAAUUAACUCCCGGAUCUCCUUAUAUGGGCAAAGAUGGCAGCUUUGGAUCCUUUUUGUAGGCGAACUUCAGAGGUCUAUUACACGGAGGGAUGAUUAAGAGGUCAGAGUGAGUGUGCCAGGUUGGGAAUUUACUCAGAACACUGGGGAACCCCCUAGACUUUGCGAUGUUUGAGUCCACAUCCCACCAACUGGCACAGCGUCCCUUUCACUGUGAUUGGCGGAACGAGUGCCACCUACAGUACUAGCCACCUAUCAACACCGCCUCUUGGAGCAACUUCAUUUUCCAAGGAGCUCUAACUCAGCAGAGAAGACACCGUUUGCAAAUUCUUAUUGGAUUGACACAUUUCCCCCACCCUUUUGCAGAACAGUUAACACGGAUGCCAUUCACACAGUCGAAACUUCAUUGUUUUAGCUAUGGUAACCAAACAGACACCAUCUGCUCCUAACUAUUAGAAACUACCUACAUCAUCUGUAGGAUUCACUGAAGCACCUUUUUAACACUCCAUCACACAAAUCUUCAAUUAGCAAUCAGUCUGCAGGCAUCUGCAGCAUCUGUCUUGUUAUACUGUAAUAGAAUUUAUUUUUUUAUUUCUUAUACUCUAAUAGAUUUUAUUUUGGUUUACCAGAACAUGUAUUUUGGGUAAUAGUUAUUUUUUUUCUGUUUCAUACUAAAAAAAAAAAAAAAAGAAUAAAUGGAAUUAAUAAAAUUAGUAUCAAAGCA